ACAGUGUAACACCAAUGUGAACAUGGCUUCAGUAAAAUGCUGUCAAUGACAGAGGACUUCAGACCAACGAUUUACAUAUACACAUCAUUGCUUCAGACACUAAUAUCUCGUUUUUUUAAACAACAAAUAUGAGGCUUCAUCAGAUACUCCGCAAUGCAGCAAACUUCAGGACGGUCUUUGACUUCGGCGACAGAGAGGUUGCCCACUGGUUCCCCAGACAUAUGGCAAAAGGUCUGAAACAGAUGCAGGCCAGUGUGAAGAAUGUUGACUGCAUCCUAGAAAUCCACGAUGCCAGAAUCCCGUUCUCAGGUAGAAACCCUCUUUUCCAGGAUAGUCUGGACGUCAGACCUCAUCUCCUGGUACUGAACAAGAUGGACCUGGCUGACCUGUCUGCCAAGCAUAUGAUUUUGAAACAGCUUGAAAGACAUGGAGUGAAGAAGGUCCUGUUCACAGACUGCCUCAGACAGAGAGAUGACAACGUCAAAAAGCUGGUUCCCAUGGUCACAGAAUUAAUCGAGAGCCAGCCACGCUUCCACCGAGAGGAGAACACCAACUUCUGUCUGAUGGUGAUUGGGGUGCCCAACGUUGGGAAGUCAUCGCUCAUCAAUGCUCUGAGGAGAACCAACCUCAAGAAAGGUCGGGGGUCAAAAGUAGGAGGGGAACCAGGCAUUACCAAAGCAGUGUUGACUAGAAUACAGGUGUGUGAGAGACCCAUCAUCCAUCUUCUAGAUACGCCUGGUGUCCUUCCUCCGAAGAUACAGAGUCUGGAGACAGGCAUGAAGCUAGCCCUAUGUGGAACCAUCCUGGACCAUCUAGUAGGAGAAGACAUCAUGGCAGACUACCUACUGUUCUCUCUCAAUAGACUGGAGAAGUACAGUUACGUGGAGAGGUAUGAUCUCAGGGAGCCUAGUGAUGACAUCCAGCAGGUGUUGAAACGUAUCGCUGUCAAACUGGGAAAGACUCAACGAGUUAAAGCCAUCACUGGAGUGGGUAACAUCACCCUCACAGUGCCUAACUACACAGCAGCAGCAUAUGAUUUCAUCAGAGCGUUCAGGAAGGGAGAGCUGGGACUGGUCAUGCUGGACUGACCACUACCACACCACAGGCUGACUACGACACAGACUGAUCACUACCACAACACAGAUGAUUGGUCUGGCAGACACACAUCGUACUCACAGACUCAGGAGUCUGGUCUCUCACCAUAGACCUCUACCUGACAGAGACCUUGUUGGAAACUGAAGAGUGCAUCCUCUCUACAGUAGACUGGUUUAUAGUCUCUGCUUUCUAGUCUCUGCUCUCUAGUCUCAUCCAACACAGAGCAGCUGAUCAGUAAGAAUGCCGACACUGUUGUUUGUACAUAAUCUGUUUAUGUACCUGUUAGUGUAAAUGCACACAAUCAUAAUAAAAUGUAUUUUAUGUACA